AUGGUGCUGGAGCCGCCGCCGCCCGCUCCGCCUCCGCCGCCGCCGCCGCCGCCGCCGCCGCCCCCGGCAGCCGCCACCGUCGGGCCCGCCCCCCAGAGCCCGGCUCUCAUAGGCCCCGAGCCUAAACCCAGCCGCUCAUUGGCCAGCCGCGGCGGGGGGAGGAGGAGUCACGAGGAGGGCUGCCCGGCCGCGCCUCUUGCCCCGGCUCGGGCCCUUAGCCCUCGGCCCCGGCCCGCAUGCACCGCUGUCUGCACCGCUCCCCUGCCUUCUUCCGGGCUCCCAGAGCACCGCUAUGGAGAUGCUCUCCCGGCAUUUGAGGGAAGAAUUGAUUGUCCUCAUCUUGCAACUGUACUUGCCCAACUGAUAUUUAUUGAUGCCUGCAGUGUCCUGGGUGCCUACCAAGGGGCACAGAACUGGAUCCGACUCGGACCCUACCUGCCCUCAGGUUGCUUGAAGAUGAACAGAGAGAUCGGACCUCUGCAGAGAAGAGAGGCCUCCCUGUCUCUCAUCUCUGGGACCGGCAGUGGCUGCACCAGUGGCAGCCAGCGGCAGCGGCAGGCAGAUCCACACCAGCAGAGAAGAGGCUGA